GUGUGGAGAAUCAGUUUCAUGAUGUCGGAAGAAAACAAGUCUGUUCAACAAACCACAGCUGAAGAAGAAGAAGAAGAAGAAGCAGCAACAACAACCAUACAAAAAGACAACAACAAUAGUAACCCACAAGACUCCUCCAACGUUGAUGCAGAAACCAAGUCGCAACUUAUCAAAGCGUUUGCUGAUGUAACCAAAGUUUCUCCUUCUCAAGCUGAAGAAUAUCUUCAAAACGCCAACUGGGAUUUACAAAUAGCAGUACGACAAUAUUUUGAUCACAACGAUACCACUUUUGGGGAAACUUUUACUGCUGACAGUAUUGCUUCACACAUUGCGGAAAUAAGAAAGAAAGCAAGUGAACUUUCGGUUAUCGCACAACAAAAGGCCAAGGAAAAUCUGGGUUUCGUUGGACAAGGUGUUUCCAAAGGUUGGGGUACUUUAAACCGAUUUUUGGAUAACGUGUUUCAUAUGAAAGAAGACGAAGAAGAAGAUAUACGUAGACGUUUUGCUGAUAUGUCGGCACAAGAUUGGGAAUCAGAGUUUGAAAGAGCUUUUCCUACUUGGGCCAAAGAACAUAGUCUUAUAGAUGCCUUUCCUUGUUCUUUGAUGCAACGUUAUCGUUGCGUGGAUAAUGAUGCAACUGAAGAACAAAUUAUAGAGUUUCCUGGAGUAUUGUUUGUGACUGUAGGGAAAGUCGCUUUUCGAGCAAGUCAUGAUCAAAGCAGUAUGGAAAAAUUUGAGGUUAUUAUAGGACUGGAUGAAAUAUCAAGAAUACAAAAAGGAAAAGAAGGAAGAAUAAGGCUCGUAACCAAGAUUCAAACGUCUUUUAUAUUUUCUCGUUUCAAGGACCAAGUCGAGUUUGAAAGUGCACUUGGCAUAUUGGAACAAAUUUGGGAAUCUUCGCACACGAAAGAAACAACGAAGAGCGCAGUAUCUCCCGAUAAUUCUACCAAUGAAUAACUAUUGCAAGUUCUAUUUCUUUUUUUCAUAAUAUUCAACUGCUUUAUUUCAUAAUAUUAAAUAGAAUGAUUUUGUUAGCCUUUGCAAGUCAUCCUUUUCUU